GAAGAAUUAGUUGAAGAAAAAUUAAAAAAUUUAUCUGAUAAUAACACUGUUAAAUAAUAACAAAGCUAAUUCAAUCAAAUAAAGUGUUAUUUUUUAAUUUGGAGUAAUCAUGCCAGCUGGUAUGUCAACUGGUCAAUACUUGAGAUUUAUCAUGGCAACAACAAUAACAAUGUUUAGUGGAUCACAAUUAGUUCAUGUGUUUUUUAAACCACUUGAUGAUUUAAAUGAACUUGUUGAAAUUGAAUUUCAAAAACGACUAAAACUACAAACAACACUUGAAAAUGUAAAAUAAAA